GGCUGACACCUAGUUGGUAACUGUGGAUAUCUCAACACUGGCAAGAUACAUAAAGACGAUGGACCUCAGUUUGGGUCGUUCUGCAUCUCACCACUCAAGGAUAGAUAUCUAGGGCACACGACCUGAGAAGACAACUCGAUAUCUCAUAACCCUCAUUUCCGAUCGACUCGCUCGAAGCUUCACUACUUACACGAAAUCUUCGAUCCUCGCUCGAUAUGUCUUUCACACCUCCUCCGUCAGAGUGGCACGCAGUCAUGCCUCCCUUCCCCACCUCCGCACCCAAGCCGGUGCUGUCCCCAACAUCGGCACCUCAACCCUCGAAAGCGGUACCUGAACGAAAGGCCAAACUCCGCGCUUCCUGCGACGCCUGUGCUGCUUCCAAGGUGAAGUGUAGCAAAGAGCACCCGAUCUGCCAACGUUGCGCUUCCAAUGGUUCACAAUGCAUCUAUGGUAUCUCCAGGAAACAUGGCAAGCCUGGCCGUACAAGGAAGCGAAACCCAGACGGUACGCCCUUUGUGAAGGCUUCCAAGCAAAGGCCUUCUCCAGAUGGCAGCGAGUUCGGCAAAUUCAGAGUCAAGGCUGGAUCGCCCAUUCUACCUGAAUUGCCUGACCUACCUUCCGAGACUGCUUCUUCAGUUGCAAGCUGGCCCUCUACACCCGAAUGGCCGGCCACUCCUGAGUUCGAAUACAGCGACUUCAACAUGACUCCGCUCCUAGAUCCCCUUUACACGGACGCCGAUUUCGCCAUGAUGGAUGAGCUUCUUCUUUCGUCCACACAAUCACCGAUGAUCGAUAGCAUACCAAAUUUUGAGUCGGAGCCCACAUUCACAGACCCAUUUGCAAAGAGGGACACCCAAGAGGUGGACUUCUCGAUGCAAAACGACUUCCAGCCUCUUAAGAAUUUCGUAGGCGGCGACUCAGUCAACCCAAUGGACUACACUUUCAACGCAUCGCCUCCCUUCAUUCCUCCACAGCAAGCUAUGCCCGAGAUCACACCUCCUCAAAGCCCCAAGGGUUCCAACAACUCGCAAACAUCUAAGGCCACAAACCCGGCUUUUAGCACACUGCGCACUAGCGUCGCCAUGCCUGCUUCUCAUUGCUGCUACAGCACUGCUUAUUCGACUCUUGAGACUCUUACUAUCCGUACGUCAGACAACGGAGCUACGAUCGAGAAGACCCUUGACUCUGUCCUCUCGAUCACCAAGGUUGCAGUCCAGCAAGUCAUGCAGCUUCUCUCCUGCCCUUGCUCCUCGGAUCCCCAUCUUGCGAUGCUAUACUCUAGCAUUGCUUCCAAGAUCUUGACGUGGUACCAGAUCGCAGCGGGCCUCAAGCCUGCCACUACUGGACCCCCUUCCCUACCUUCUACCUCCCCAACAUGCUCAUCAUCAUCCGACGUCUCCGACGCAUUCCUUUCCCCAAUCUCCCCUGCGAGCAUGAACAGCUCUGCCUUCGCAAUCGCUCCUCUUCCCCUCAAGUGUGGGCUCUUCGAGUUCGACGCCGCGGACCAGGAAGCGCUUCGCCGACAGGUUGUCCUUCGCGAGCUGAAGAAGUGCAGCGCAUUGGUUGAGGCAUUGGCGAACUGGCGCAGCAACAGCGAAGCUGAGCAGGCCGAGUUCCUCUACGACGUGCUGGGGGCCUGGUUGAAGAGCGAGCUCUACAAGACGAUUCGCGAGGUUUCCGGCGAGGAGGAGUAGGCCGCACGCCUUCGACACUGUCCCUACAUUGAUAUCUUCUUACGUGUAUUAGCGAUGGAGCAUGAUGAUUGUGUUAUUGAUAUCCCUGUUUAUAUUUUCUUUCGCCCUUUGUACAUACUGGUUGGGCUUGCAUUGU